CAGGACAGCGAGCGCACGGGUCUUCUGCUUGAAGUCAACGCGCAUCCGAGGCUUUAUUUCCCAUUUUUCUCAUCCCGGGUGCCCUUUUCUUCCUGUUCUGUCCCUCGUGCUGAGAUGAGAUAAUCUGCACAACAUCAACUGCCCACGAAGUGUUUCAGCUGUUGGAAAGAGUUGAGACAGGAGAAGGGGAAGAUGCUGGGGUUAGAGGUCAUUGUGCUCUGUCUGCUGUUUGGAGAACUGGCUCACGGCCAGAAACCAGAGUGCAGCAAAAAGAAUGAAUGUCCCAUAGACGUGUACUUCACUAUCGACACAUCUGAGACUAUCGCCCUGCAAGAGCCGCCCCCUGGAUCACUAGUGGAGAGCAUCAAGCAAUUCACAGAGCAGUUCGUUCAAGGUUUAGAAGAUGCUGAGUUCAAAGGUGCCGUGCAGCUCAACUGGAAUGUCGGCGGGCUGCACUUCUCCCAGAACCAGUCAAUAAUCAGUUCCAUCGGACCCAAGAAUGCUUUCAUCACUGGUGUCAGAAAUAUCGUCUACCUGGGUAAAGGCACCUACAUCGACUGUGCCCUCACCCGCAUGACCAAGGAAAUGCAAAGUCGAACCUCGGCCAACCCGUCUCUCCGAUUUGCUGUGGUCAUCACUGACGGCCAUGUGACCGGAGAACUAUGUGGAGGCAUCAAGGUGGCAGCAGAGAGGGCACGUGACGAGCGUAUCCGCUUAUUUGUAGUAGCAGCCACGAAGAACGUUGAUGAAACAGGUCUGAGGGAGAUCGCCAACUCUCCUGCGACGGUCUACAGGAGGGACUUCAUGGCCGUGGACCUGAGCCAGGGGAGAGCCAUUAUACAUAAGGAAACCAUCGACCGCAUCAUUAAGACUAUGAAACAAAUGGCCUAUGCAGAGUGCUACAAAGUUCCUUGUCUGGAGACAGAAGGGCCUCCAGGUCCAGCAGGCCACAGUGGACAAAAAGGGGCUAAAGGAGACAACGGCGACCCAGGUCAGAAAGGACAGAGUGGUCGCCAAGGAGACCCAGGAAUCGAGGGUCCAAUUGGACAGCCCGGUGUCAAAGGAGAAUCAGGUCUUAAAGGCGACAAGGGAGAGAUAGGAGCUCAGGGUAAGAAGGGUGUGGCUGGUAUCGGAGGACGCAACGGGACUGAUGGACAGAAGGGUAAAAUUGGACGGAUCGGUGCUCCCGGCUGCAAAGGAGACCCAGGCGACAGAGGUCCUGAUGGUCACCCCGGAGAUGUUGGUGACCGCGGUCUUUCUGGAACUGAUGGAGAUAAGGGAGAUCCCGGACGUCCUGGUAGACCUGGGCCUCUUGGCACGUCUGGAGAGCCUGGCCCAAAGGGGGAGAGGGGAAGUCCUGGAUCACCUGGCAUGCCUGGAAAGAAAGGAACCCCAGGAACAGGUGGAAUUGCAGGAACCAAGGGAGAACCGGGGAGGAGAGGGGACUAUGGGCCAAAGGGUGGUCUAGGGCCAGAUGGAACUUCAGGAGACAAGGGUGAAAUGGGGUCAGAGGGCUUGAGAGGGCUUGCAGGUGAAUUAGGAAACAAAGGUACAAAGGGAGACAGUGGUCUGCCAGGCCCCAGAGGAUCACCAGGAGCACCAGGAGAGUCUGGGAGAAAUGGUACCAGAGGUGACCCUGGUGAUGCUGGCGCUAGAGGAGAGUCCGGACAGGCUGGACCGAAGGGAGACAAUGGAAGACCUGGCUUUAGCUAUCCUGGAACGAGAGGACCAUCGGGUGACAGAGGAGAGAAGGGUAACCGUGGACCUCGCGGCGGCAGGGGAGAUUGUGGCCAAAAAGGCGGGCCUGGAAGUAAAGCAGGUCCAGGAGAAGCAGGUGAGCCAGGGGUCCAGGGUGAACCUGGAACGAGAGGACCAAGAGGACAGAUUGGGCGUGACGGAGAUCCCGGUCCUGAGGGAGACCCUGGCCUGACUGAAUGUGACGUCAUGAACUACAUCAGGGAGACAUGUGGCUGCUGUGACUGUGAGAAACGCUGCGGAGCCUUGGACAUUGUGUUUGUGAUUGACAGCUCAGAGUCUGUGGGCCUCACCAACUUCACCCUGGAGAAGAACUUUGUCAUCAACACCAUCAACAGACUGGGAUCUCUUGCCAAAGACCCUCAGUCAGACACAGGUACAAGAGUAGGAGUUGUUCAGUACAGUCACAAUGGGACAUUCCAGGCCAUCCAACUCGAUGACCCCAAGAUCGACUCAAUGUCUGCUUUCAAGGAUGCAGUGAAGCGUCUGGAGUGGAUCGCUGGUGGAACGUGGACUCCAUCUGCUCUGAAAUUUGCCUACGACAGCCUGAUCAGGGACGGCCGCAGAGCCAAAGCCAAUGUCACUGUCGUGGUCAUCACCGAUGGACGCUUUGACCCUAGAGAUGACGACUCACUGCUCACCUACCUCUGCAGUGAUGCCAGUAUUGAUGUGAGUGCCAUCGGUAUCGGAGACAUGUUCGACCAGAUCGAGGAGAAUGAGAGUCUGAAGAGUAUCGCCUGCCAGAGGAGUGGCAGGGUGAUGGGCAUGAAGCGCUUUGCAGACCUUGUGGCCGAGGAGUUCAUUGACCAGAUCGAACACUUGGUCUGCCCAGAACCCACCAUCGUGUGCCCUGAUCUCCCGUGUAAAUCAGGAGGGGGCAGCACUGUGGGGCAAGCCCCUCCCCCCUGGAAGCCACUGGCCGAGGAAGGCAGCCCCUCGUUGGUCCCCACCUCUUUGGAGGGUGUGGCCAGCCUGCUGAGCGGCCUGAGCGAGCAGCAGUAUGGGGUUGGCGUGGCGACCAUGGCAUACACAGCCCAGAGAGCCAAACUUUCCCAGGGAGCGGACAGGCAGGAGUGGACCCAGCUGUUCAUCAAAUCCUUCAAAUAUAUCUACGGGGACAUUAUGGGAGAUCCAGAGAAAGCAAUAGGACUCUGCUAAUGCUAAUAUGCUAACCAUGCUACCUCGCAAAGAUGGAUGCCAAUGACUAAUAAGCUUAAUGCUGGACAUAGAAUAUAUUUUAUUAAAACUUUGGGCAUUUCUUUUAACUCUGUGGGUGCAAUACACACCUGGGCUAAUGCAAAAAUAAUUGCAUGAUAUGAAGCAGGCCUCAUAACGCUAUAAAGGAGCCGUAUGUCUAGUUGCUCCAAAUGAUCGGCCAAAAGUCAAAAUGUGGAUUCAAUAUCUCCUCACCGAGUAUUUCUCAAUUAACUUACUGUACGUAGGUGGUGCUGUCUCUCAGAAAAGUAACUGUUAAUUAUAUGAUACAUAUCAUUUCGUCCACCUUAGUGGAUGAACAUAUUCCAUUCACAUGGAAAGCGGAUGUCAUCCAUUUGUUGGAGACCAAUUCCUCUAUAGAGCCAUUCAUGUUGCUCCUGUAGAGAACAGUAGCUCUUUGAUGAAACCUCAUUUCCACUGUGAAUCAUCAGCUUCGCUGACUCACUCUUACUUUUUUUUGCUGUUUUGCACAUAUCCAUGGUUACGGCCUCAAUGUUUUUUUCUUGUGUUCUGUGAAUGACUCAUGUUGAUGAAAAGGCCAUUACAUGUGGAAAAUAUCUGUUUUUAUACAUGUCACCGUAUACUGUAUAUGAGUCAGAAGUUGGUAUUUGUGGUUGGUUGGAUGGUUAAUUUACUUGGCACUGACAAUGAAGGAACUAUUGUAUGUUAUGCCCUAAUUGGCGCAUGUUUUGUUUCUUGCAUGUGGCUUAGCUGGAUAGUAAGGUGACUAGUGGAAAAUUACUACAGAGCUGCCAUAACCAAAUAUAAGCUCUUUGACUGCAACUUGCUGAUGUGAAUUCUAUUUUCUUGUAUAAAAUGGAGUGUAUUCUUGUACUGUUGUCUCAAGAUAAUAAAAUGGCAGAACAAACCAAAAGAGCUUUCUUAAUGAGACCACAAGAGACCUGAGAAAUAUAGUAAUUCACUGGGACUAGCAUGUUUGAAAGAUUAG